ACGGCUUCUUAUCCUCUCCCUCGCUUUCCCAUGGCCGCUGCUUCUCUCAUCUCUGCCCUCUCUUUAUCUCCGCUAGACCCUAGCAAAACCCUAAGGACCUCUCUCGAAGAACUCCCCCUCCGCAGCCCUCGGUUCUUCUUUAAGCGCAGAAAGCUCCCAUCUUUAACGCCUCUUCUCCUCUCCAAUGGCAACGGCUCCUUGAAGAGAGUCGAAUCGGUUUCGAGCAAUCAUCUCUCCGCGGCUCCAGUUGGGACAGGAAACUAUGAGUUUUUAGAUAGUGUUGCAGAGGUGGAAUUGAGGCUAGAUAUUGGAGCUUUAGAUAUUCAGAGUUCCAGUGAUAUUUUUGUGGAUGUAGAUGAGACUUCGUUAUUAAUAAGAGUUAAAGCUUCUGGGUCUCUUAUAAAUCUAAUGGAAACUAAUCGUCUGUUUGACAAGAUAAGGCCUUCUGAAACUGUAUGGUACAUAGACGAGGACCAACUGGUAGUCAAUCUGAAAAAGUAUGACACAGAAUUGAAAUGGCCUGAUAUCAAGGAAUCCUGGGACUCUCUUACAUCAGGAAUUCUGCAAUUACUGAAAGGAACAUCCAUAUAUAUCAUUGGAGAUUCCACAGAGAUAAAUCAGGAAGUUGCUAAAGAACUUGCUACUGGUAUUGGAUAUACUCCACUUUAUACAAGUGAGUUGCUGGAGAGAUAUGCUAAGAAAUCCAUUGAUUCAUGGGUCGUUUCAGAAGGAGCAGAUUCUGUUUCUGAAGCAGAAGGUGCUGUAUUAGAGGGUCUUAGUAGUCAUGUCCGUGCUGUGGUUGCAACAUUGGGAGGGCUGCAUGGGGCUGCUAGGAGACCUGAUAAGUGGCGGCAUCUUUAUGCUGGAUUCACUGUAUGGCUGUCCAAAUCUGAAGCUCCGGAUGAAGCUUCUGCAAAGGAGGAGGCUCGAAGGCACAUAAAAGAUGGAAGUCUAGCUUAUACAAAUGCUGAAGUAGUUGUGAAGCUUGGUGGUUGGGACUUAAAGCAUGCUAGAGAUGUUGCUCAGGGGUGCUUGAGUGCAUUAAAACAACUAAUCUUACCAGACAAGCAGCUUACAGGAAAGAAGAGUCUGUACAUCAGGUUAGGGUGUCGUGGAGAUUGGCCUAACAUCAAACCACCAGGUUGGGACCCAUCAAGUGGAGUAGAUCCCUGUCCUGAGUCAUGACGACAGCUUGGGACCGACCCAUUAAGUGCGGUAGAUCCCUCUCCUGGAAAUUCUGUUUAAAUGAGUGUACAAUCAUGAUCAUUUGUUACUUUAGCUGUGGUUUCCAUGAUCAGAUUCUUGCUAAGAUGAGUGAUAGUUACCCCAGCUUGUGCACGUCUGUAUCUACCCUACCAAUUGCGGUGUCUGUAAUUUUUGUUGCAUAAUCUCAUUAUCAGUGGCGUAGUCGUCUAAAUAGUAGUUAAUGUUCACAAUGCACCAGUUCGCAGCCGAAAUUUGAGAAA